GUUUGAAAACUCUUGUUGACGUUUUGUUUUGUUGUGGUUUUGUUUGCAUUUAUUGCAUUGCACCUUACUGGUGCACCUGUUCCUGUAAUGAAGUUGUGAUGUAUUUUGGACCCGCUACGCUAAUAUAAAGAAAUAGUUGAAAAAGAAAGAUUAUCAUACUAAAAUGUUCAUUUAUAUGAGCAAGAAGAUUGCCAUACCCAAGCAAUCAAAUGUGACCUGCAUAUCAUGGAACCAUUCAUCCGGUUAUAUUGCUGUUGGUGGAGAAGAUGGCAUGUUAAAAGUCCUCAAAUUGGAAUCUGGCGGUGGAGGGAAUCUAUCAAUGAAUCUGAGCUUAGAAGGACACACAGGCCAAGUGUGUGUUGCUAUAUGGAAUGAAGUAUUUCAAAAAUUGACCACUAGUGAUGAACAUGGAGUUAUCAUUGUCUGGAUGCUAUACAAGGGGUCAUGGUAUGAAGAGAUGAUAAAUAACAGAAACAAAUCAACUGUGAGGAGCAUGGCUUGGGGUUCUGAUGGCCAAAAAAUAUGCAUAGCUUAUGAGGAUGGAGCUGUUAUCGUAGGCUCAGUGGAUGGUUCGCGGGUUUGGGGUAAGGACAUCAAGGGGCCAGGAUUAGCUGCAGUGCAGUGGUCACCUGAUAAUUCACAGCUACUGUUUGCUCUGACCAAUGGAGAGCUGCACAUUUAUGAUGAUCAAGGAAAUUUUACAAUGCCAGUGGCUAUUAAUGGGGUGUCGGGAUCUAUGGACAUUGUCACGAUGGACUGGUAUGCCGGGAGCGCUCCAGCUAACCGACCAGUGCUCGCCAUAUCUUACAAGAGCGGAAUAAUAUUAUUAAUGAAGAAUUGUAAUGAGGAAGAUAGUGUGGUGGUAGAAUCAAACAUGUCAAUAAUAGAUUGUCACUGGAACCAUAACGGCACCAUUCUUGCUGCUGCCGGCUUUACGUCCGACAAGACGAAUGUUGUGCAAUUCUUUAGUGCAUAUGGAGAGCAUAUACGUACUCUACGCGUGCCCGGCGGUAGUAUGAGAGCUCUGUCGUGGGAGAAGAAGUCGCUACGGCUCGCAAUCGCCAUCGACUCCUUCAUAUACUUUGCUAACGUCAAAAUGGAUCACAAGUAUGCGUUUUACGGUAAUACUCUGGCAUACGCAUCGGGAACUGAAACCGUCACCUUUUGGGAUACUGUAACACAUCAGUCUUGGAUAAAUCAUAUACCGGACGUCAUUGAUAUGUGUGCAGUUGACGAAUACUGCGUCAUUGCCACUUUGGGACAUAUCAUUAUAUCCAAUCAGCAAGGAAUACAAUGUGAUGCUAAACCGGUGAAUAUGCCAGUGGUUUAUGUGACUAUCAACAGCAAGGCAAUUGUUGUGGCUGCCUCGAAGGAAUCAUUCCUUAUAUGGAAGUUCUCUACACCGACUAGACCUCGCGCCACAGAACAAUUGUACCAAGCGGAUGGGUCGCCCAUGUCCAGUAGCGACACCUGUUUCCAGGACGACACAAUUUGCUGCAUCGCAAGUUCAGACACACAUCUUUUGAUCGGAAGAGAUUCUGGCUCCAUAUUGCUGUUCUCUCUAGUCAAUUUCAAGAAAAUCACUUCGAUAAAUAUGAAUUCCCGCCCCUAUAGGUUGGGGCUCAACUCUAAUUCCAGCAAAUUUUACGUAAUCGACCAGCCAGGCUCAUUGUACUUGCUGGAAACGGAUAUGGCCAACAACAUUAGCAUAGGCCAAGCGUUACGCAAGGACGUGUGGAGCGCCCUGUGGGCCACCGACAACCCGCAAAUGUUGGCCGUGGCGGAGAAAGCGCGGCUCUACGUCAUGAGGGACACUGAACCAGAGGAACCUCUCACUAUGCAGGGAUACUUGUGCAAGUUUAAGGAAUUAGAAAUCACGUCAGCACUUUUGGACAAUGUAGAUGACAAAUGUACACCUCAACAUAUCGUGAGGGUGGAAGUCAAGUCGCUGAGAGAUACGCGACAGCUGAUUGAAAAAGUGGGGCUCAAGGAAGCAGAGAACUUCAUUAAAGAUAACCCACACCCCCAACUGUGGUUGUUACUAGCAGAAGCGGCGCUAAAGAAUUUCGAGUCUGAGUCUGCACUCGAGACGGCAGAGGCUGCGUUUGUACGUCGUAACGAUUAUGCUGGAAUUAAAUUCGUGUCUCGAUUAAACGCAUUACAUUCUAAUGCCCUUAAAAAAGCUGAAAUAUUAGCCUACUUUAAAGAUUUUGAUGCUGCCGAAAAAAUAUACCACAAUGAAGAUAGACGGGACCUAGCGAUAGCUCUUCGGAAACGCUUAGGUCAUUGGUUCCGUGUCGUCGAACUACUGAAGAUGUCUGCAAGUACAACCGAUGCGCAAGUCAAACAGGCGUACAGCAACAUUGGCGAUUAUUACAUUGAUAGGCAGAAUUGGUCUAGUGCACUGGAGUAUUACACAAUGUCAAACAAUACUGAAGGUUUGAAGAAAUGUUAUAUGGCGCUCGAAGAUAACGAGUCUCUGUCCAAAUUAUUUACCACGUCACCGAGAAAUAAGGAGGUGGGCCUGGCAAAGCAAAGUUUGUUGAACGAGCUUAAUGACAGUAUUGGUCAAGAACCAUCAAUACAGGGCAUUAUCCAACUCAAACAAAGUGGCCGGAUGACGCAAGCUGCGGAGAUGGCGUUUCAGUUAGCCAAUUUGGAGGCUUCGAGGAAAGCAUCACCUUUGAAGAUAAAGAAGCUUUAUGUUCUGGCUGGUCAUUUGUACAGCCAAAGCUCCGUCGACGGCAGCCGGUGUCGCGAGGCGGCGCGGUGCUGGCGCGGGGCGCGCGCGGCGCACUGGGCGGCGGCGGGCGCGGCGCGGGCGCGGGCCCGGCCGCCGCGCCCCGAGCCCGCCGCGCGCGCCGCCGCCCGCCUCAUGCAGCACCACGCCGCGCUGCAUCCCGCCAUGCACACACAGGUUUGGUGUACGAUAGCAUCAAUAGCGAUUCAAACCCGAGCAUUUGAGCUAUGUUCGAAGGCUUUAAUUAAACUAGAGGCUCAAGAUCCUGAAACCUUUGAAAAUUUGGCUAUAGAAAUAUUUACGAAGUACAAACCCAAAAACACAAAAGGAAACAAAAUUGAAUGCCCGAAUUGCGAUUGCAGCAUGCCGGAAUGGGCGGCGUCGUGUCCGCGCUGCAGCAGCGAGUUCCCCGAGUGCGCGGUGUCGGGGCGCGGGCUGGGCGCGGGGCAGGCCGUGUGGACGUGCGCCGUCUGCGCCGCGCAUGCGCAGCACCACGAGCUCGUGCUGCGACACUCCUGUCCCAUGUGCCAUGCUCAACUCUCAUAGACUUCUUCUGACUCUUGGAAUGGAGAGAAUACUUUUAAUUUAUUGAAACAAUCCAUUUUUGGCAAUAAUAAGAGGACGAUCUCUACUCGACAGUACCUACUUAGUAAUUUAGUACCUACUUACUCAAUAUUAGAUGUAAUAUGUUUAUUUCAUUAACCAUUAUGUACACAAAAAAUAUAAGAAUGACCUUUUCAGCAAGGGUAUGGUUGAAGUAGGGAAUUAAAUACAUACAAUGUAAGUAGUAAUAAAAUACUAAUAAUUAUUUAUAAUGAUUAUAAAAUAAAAAACCAAUACAUUAUAAUUUAAACUUUUAUUUAAAUAGGGUUUCACAAAGUAAGAACAUGUUUUCUUUGUUGAACAUUACUGAAAUCCUGACUAGAUAAAUAAAAAAAAAAAACAUUAUUAAUUAGUAUAUUAAGUGAUUUCUGAUAUUUAAGACAAUUUGAACAGCUUCAGUUAAUUAGAAUAUUUUGUACUAUUAACAAUACAUGAAAACAUUGCAUACCUAUUGAAGUGGCAAAACAAACAUGUUUAAAAGUUAUGUAUACCUUAAUGAACACAGCAAUAAUUCUAAUUCAUAUUAAUUUUCAGUAUUGGUAUGCUUUUUACUCACAAUACAAGCUAUGUAUAACACAUUUUUAUACUAAAGGCAACAAGUGAGUCACAAACAUCAAAAUAUUACAAACAUCUACUUAGUACAAUAUUUGAAGUAUGCAUUUAAUUUAGUGGAUGUUUAUAAUAUUGUGGAUGGACAUGGACUAUUAUGGUUAAAAUAAAUUUAUUCAAUGCAAAAACAAAGCUUUAACAUAUUAUUCUAAGGAAAAAUUGGUUUUAUGUAUCUAAUUAUAAAAAGUAACUGAACUUAAAACAAAUGCCUUCAUUAAAUUAAUUUAUUUAUUCAUUUAAUGAAAAUGAACUGGUACUUUUGUAAAAAUAAUAGCUAACAGCAUACUUAAUUCUGAAUGGAUAAUUUCUAAAGACAAAAUAAAUUUGACUUAGUCAUACUUCUUUACAUUGAAAUUAAAAUUGAUACAUCCAUUCAUAAGACACAAUAAUUGUGAAACAUGCUUAAAAUUAUGCUUUAUACUUGAGAUAAACAAUCACUAUUAUUAUUUGCUCACUUCAAGCUGACCUGCAGAUGUUGAUAAAUGUAACAAAUCCCAUCUAAUUAUGUAUGUAUUUGCUACUAUUAUUAGAGUUAUUGCAGUAUCAAUAAUGUGAGUUCUAAACCAGGUUACAAUGAUUGUGGUCAAGAGUGUAUAGAUACAUGUAUAGCAUAUUACACCUCAGAAACAACAUGCUCACAAUGUAUAGCUUUAAAAAUUGUGUAAGGAUUAUGAAGCAUAAUAAAAUUGUACCUAAUUAUAUUCUGUAAUUAAUUAUCAGAA